AUGGCGACGUUCAGUUUAUUGCAUGCCGCUCUUCUUUUCUGGGUGACUCUGGCAGCUGCCCAGGGUUCCGAUCUGAAGGCUCUCAAACAUAAGGGCUGCUAUUGGUCGAGACCAACGAAUUUUGUGGUCGGUGGAUUUUCGAGGACCGAGGUUCAGCGCCAGAAGUGCCUCGACACUUGUAUCCGACGCGGGCAGCAAUGGAUUGCGUUCGGUUCCGUCAACUGCUUCUGCAGUAAAACCGCCCCGAGUUAUCACCAAGUCGACAAUAACCGCUGCAAUGCGCAAUGUGUCGGUAUCUUGGAUGGUGACUGCAUCAAGCAGCCGAGAAACAACUAUGCCUCCGAGGAGGACGACGAAAUUUACGCCGUUUUCUCCAUCCCUUCCAUCGCCGAUGACGAAACAAAUCGACUGCCAUCGCAACAUAGACAGGGACCAUCUGUUCAGACGACUGAAUCCAAGCAGCUCGCGACAAACCGAGGCGAGGUUGGCAAGAUCACGGCGCAGGGAUGCUAUCAUAUCUCAGGGCGUUCGUCAAUGCGCAUGAAAGUGUUGAUCAGAGACGAUGACUCCCGUCGUGAAUGCGCCAAGGUCUGCGCGAAAGAUAGAAAGCCUCUUGCUCUUAUCAGUGGGAGCGAUUGCUCCUGCGGUACCAUGUAUCCUGCAAGAGAUGCCACUGCUGGCUCUGACAAGUGCUACAUGCCAUGCCUGAGCGACGGCGAUAAUAGAUGUCAGCGCGAUUCGGAGUACAAUCCAGCUCGUCAUGAUCCUUAUACCGCGGUUUAUGACACCGGCCUUGGUCUUGAUAUCAAGACUCUACCUUCUAUCGAUACCGAGUUACCGAGUUCUGAGAAAACAUCUCCCAAGCAUACUGAGCCAAAUGGGCAUCCCGGACAGGCUUGCUACAGCAAAGUCCCCAUAGUCAUUACCCAAGUGUUUGCCCGCAAUAGUCCUAUGCUAUGCCACCGCUUCUGUCAGCGAAGGAGCCGCGUGUAUGCGUUCACUCGGGAUCAGACCUGCUACUGCAGCAAUAAGUACCCUGACAAGAAAGACGAACUUCCAGAUUCUCAGUGCAAUGUUCGAUGCCCCGGAACAAACCUUUUCAACUGUGGCGGCUACAAUGCCGCGUUCAGUGUUUACAACCUCGGCCCUGAAAGGAGCCCUGUCUUCGAGCCUAAGCCUAUCAGUCAGAUAGAGCGAUGCUUCUACGAUAUCCCAAGGACCGCAAGUCGCAUACCCCUAGACGCAGGUGCAGUCUCAAGGUUCCCCUCGUCCUGUAUCGACUCGUGCAAAGCCGCAGGAAGAGCUGUUGCGUUCAUCAAAGGCUCGCAAUGUCACUGUGCCCAAGGUUAUCCUCGCUUUAGCUCCACAACAGACCUUCGCGAAUGUCAGAUUCCUUGCUCUGGCGAUUCUAAGUUCUCUUGUGGAGGCUACGGUGUCACUGCAGACACUUUCUCAGCAUACAGGACUGGCUACUCAGAAGGGACACACCGCAUCCAACACGAAUCCAACAACAGGGCGCAUGUACAAAGGCCUUAUGAAGAGCCCAGCUUAGGCUACGUGACAUCCCAUGGCUGCUACAACAUGCAAUCUACCACCUUGACACGCAAGAAGCUUGAGGGCAGGAACACCCUUGAACAAUGCGCUCGCUACUGUCAGCGUGAGGACAAGCCUGUCGCAGCUGUCCAGCGUGGCUGGUGCCUGUGCUCUGAUACAUAUCCUGCCAAGAGCGCACGAGUUGAUGAUAGUCAGUGUGCGAGCUGGUGUUUCGGUUGGUCUCGUGACGCUUGUGGCGGAAGGGGAACUUGGAGCGUUGUGAACACGGGAAUAAGCACUGACGUAGCGGACGAUGAGACCAAGGCUGAAGAAGUCGAGCGACCUGCUAAGAUCCCGAAUCGUCCAGUGGAGAAGGGAAUGUCUAAGCUUAAGCCCCAUGGCUGCUUCAAGCUUCCUGACUUCACCUCUUCGUAUCCUCCACGCGUCAAUAUCAGACGCCCUUAUCGAAGCUCCAAUGGAGAUUCUUGCAACAGGCAGUGCACUAUCAAGGGAUAUUCUGUCGCACUUCGCCAUGGAUCCAGAUGCUUCUGUUCCAACAAGGUUCCAGAGGAAUCUGCGCGAGUUGCCGACGACAAAUGUUGGUUUACUUCCAUUUUCGACACACGCGAGCAGUGUGGCGGACCAGAUGACGCUUACUCUGUAUACCGCCUUGGUUCCGACUUGUCGGAUUCGGAGGAAAAGGAGGUUCCCAAGGGCGAUAACCCCAGUAGCUCUCCUGUGAAGAGACCACAGUGCCUGCAUCACGGGAUGGAGCGCAUCUACGAGACUUCAUCGUCGGCCAUCACUAAGAUGGGCGAGCUUGCUCAGAACGCCCGGGAAGGCUUGGCUAAAUUCCUCGACAAGGCUCAAGAUGUCUUCGAUGCGGGUCUGUGGAGAGUGAUGGUUGCGUUCUCAGAUGUUAUGUAUAGUUUGGGAUGGAGGUCGAGCUCAGGUGAUGUUGAUCUAUAG